UUAUUUAAAACACAACAAAAACCAAAAUGGCUUCAAUCUGAUAGUUUCUUUUGAAGUCAGCAUUCUGAUUCUGUCUGUUCUUAAUUGUAUUCUUUCCAUUGAGUGUAAGCUCAUUCCUUUAAUAGAAAUUUCCUUUGUCCUUGUUAAUUUUGGAAUUCUAUGGCACUUUUCCAUUUCCAUGGAGAUGCAGUGUAGCAUCUUCAAGUCUCCAACUCUUAACAUCUGUCUCUUUCACUUGUAAGAGCCCUUGUGAUUCCAUUGUCCCGCCCAGAUACCCAGAAUAAUCCCCCCAUCUCGAAACCCUUAAUUUAAUCAUCUGUGAAGUCUCUUCCACCUGUAAUGGAACAUAUUCCCAGGUUUGAGGAACUGCAAUGUAGAUACUUUUGUGGGGCUGCGAUACUGCCUACCGGAGACGCUAAGCUUAAAGUGAAAGCCACAUCUUAUUCAAAGCUUGAAGGUUUUCCUCUAUUUAGCCAUUUAAAUUUUUGUUCCUGUCCUCCACAGACUUCUAUUCUCCAGGCUUCAGAGCUGUCUGCUUAUUAUUCAAUGACCUCCUUUUCUCCUUAUCUUUAUUUUUUUAUUUUUUAAAAACAAUAUUUUUCAAAGAGCAAAAGUUUUAGAUUUUGAUGAGGUUGAAUCUAGCAAAGUUUUCAUUGUUCGUACUUUUUGUACCUGAGGAAGCGUUGUCUACCCCAAGGUGUGAAGAUUAGUUUCUGUGUUCUCUUAAAAAUGUUAAAAAGUUCCAGUUUGUAUGCUUAGGUCUCUGAGAUUGGCAGAGGGGAAUUAGAUCACUCAGGUCAGGCUUUCAGGAUGCCUUUUUCUGGGUGACCUCACUGACAUCCAUGGCUCAACCACCACAUAUGUUGAUCGCUCCAAGUCUAUCUGUGCAGCCCAGACCCCUCCUCAUCUCCAGACCCUGGAAGCUGAUGCCUUGGUCAGCUCCUUCUGUUUCCCAGGCACCAGGAAUGUGAGCUCCUCCCUCCCCACAGUCCUGCUCUCCUUAGAGCUGCCAUGUCUCUGAAGGCACCACCAUUUUCCAAAGUAUGUGGGACUCCCCAGGGUGUAGGAGGGCCAGAUAUGUAACUACUAAUGAGGUGACAUCACUGUCUUAAAUAAAACACCGCUGCAUGGAGACAGAACAAAAGAGCCCCUUGAAUGUGGGAAGAGCACCCUCUCAGGCAUGUUCCGCCCUCACCCUGGGCUCAUCAGGAGGGUGCUUAGGAGGCAUCGAGUUCUAAGGGGGUUGGAGGAAUAGUUCAGAGGCUGAGAUGUUGCACCUACAGCUGAGAAUCCCUUUCUAGUGUUCUAUGUCAUCAUAACAGGAAUUGUCCUCCCCUGGAGAGUUCUCAAAGCCCUUGCAGACCUGCCUUCUCUGUGACAUCCUGCAUGUGCCGCCCUUGAGCUGGGUGUGCCCUAGUGGACGCUUCCAUUCACUGCCUGUCCCAUGGAUUCUGUCCAAAGGUGGAAUCUGUCAUCAAUGUGGAUUUCUAAUGAGGGUAACUUCCUCCCUAAGGGAAGCCUCAGCCUCACCAGCAAUGGUAGACCCAGACAGGCAUCUAGACACAGAUACCUGAGAUAGAAAGUGCACGGUCCAGAGAGCCUGCCCACAUCAUCCUGGGGCAACCAGGACAAGGAGGCAUCAGCAAUCUUUCCAAGCACCUGUAGGAGUGACUUUCUGGAGUAGGACAAGCCUCAUGAGUGUGAGACCCUUGUGAGAAGGGUCUCUCAGGGUCUCUCCCUUAGAAGGUCACACAUUUAAUUCAUCGUCUUGAAAUUUGAAGUAGGGCCCCACAAAUUAUGCAGCCCAUUCUGUUCUGGAGGAACCAUUCUUAUCAGAACUUGGUGCUGCAUUGACUUGGAGAAAAGCCUGACUAUAAUCUUCAGUAUAAAAUAAAGGGCUCAAUGAAUGGACACUUCGGUCUGUAAGCAGACUUGCAGAAGACUGGAGCCUUCCGCAUUCGGAAGAGGAAUUCAGACUGUGCAAGAUCUGACGCCAGGCAGCAGCUCCCCUUAGUCCCUUAGUGAGUGGUGAGCUCCCUGAACCCACUAAGGAUCUUUGCUAGGGUUGUCUUGCCCAUGUGUGCUUUAGACAGCAGCACCUCUUAUUCCAUGGGAUAGAUGGAGCAUUCUCAGCAAAGCCUUCCCAAGAAUCUGAUCAUCACAUCUUGACCUCAGCCUCCCUGCAGCUAUUUUUAUGUUGACAGCCACUUCAGAGCUUUAAUCCUUGCAAGAAAUAUCCUGGUGGGAAAAAUGACCAAAACCAGAUAGCCAGCUUCCCUACUCCCUGUUUAGAAAAAGAUGGCUUAGCAAUGUUGUAUGUUUUUUGGAUGUGCUAUAUUAUUCAUACAUAAGAAAGAGUUUUAAGAGUUAGCAAAUACGGUCACAUUCAGCAGAGAGCAUAUGGUUGGAGACUAGGGCAGUAGUGACUUCUCAGACCUCAGCGGCAGCCUAAUAAUGAUAAACAUGGUUAACAGAGAAGUAAGAGGCAGUGACAUGAAUGGGUGUCCAGGCUUGUGUUAGAAAUUGGAUGAGAAACAAAAGCUUGAACUUGGAUGUUCCCCAGAGCAAGUGCAGGGUCAGAUGAGUUUUUCAAGAUAAGAGUGAUUAGUCUUUCCCAGGGUGGGGCCCAUAAUGAAAGACAAUGACAGAUUAAUGGGCAAUAAUUAACUAGAGGAGGGCACUCUGUCUCCAAUUACACGUUGAUUUGCUAAGUGGCUCAGUGACAAGGUUAUUAAGAUGAAGGAGACAAAUGUAGGAGGCACAGCGUAGGGUGAACAGUCAGCUGUUGGUGGCUUCUGCUGAGAUGGCCACAGGGCUCCAGGUUCCCCUGCCACGACUAGCCACAGGACUGCUGCUCCUCCUCAGUGUCCAUCCCUGGGCUGAGAGUGGGAAGGUGCUGGUGCUGCCCACGGAUGGCAGCCACUGGCUCAGCAUGCGGGAGGUUGUGCGGGAGCUCCACUCCAGGGGCCACCAGGCGGUGGUCCUCACCCCGGAGGUGAAUAUGCACAUCAAAGAAGAGGACUUUUUCACCCUGACAACUUAUGCCGUUGCAUGGACCCAGGAUGAAUUUAAUCGCUUUGUGCUGGGCCACACUCAGUGGUUCUUUGAAACAGAACAUUUUCUGAAGAGAUUUUCUAGAAGUAUGGAAAUUUUGAAAAAUAUGUCUUUGGUUGUACAUAGGUCUUGUGUGGAGCUACUGCAUAAUGAGACCCUGAUCAGGCACCUGAAUGCUGCUUCCUUUGAUGUGGUUUUAACAGACCCCGUUUACCUCUGCGGGGCAGUGCUGGCUAAGUACGUGUCGAUUCCUACUGUGUUUUUUUUGAGGUACAUUCCAUGUGACUUAGACUUUAAGGGCACACAGUGUCCAAAUCCUUAUUCCUACAUUCCUAAGUUACUAACAACGAAUUCAGACCACAUGACAUUCCUGCAGAGGGUCAAAAACAUGCUCUACCCUCUGGCCCUGUCCUAUAUUUGCCAUGCUUUUUCUGCUCCUUAUGCAAGCCUUGCCUCUGAGCUUUUUCAGAGAGAGGUGUCAGUGGUGGAUAUUCUCAGCCAUGCAUCUGUGUGGUUGUUCAGAGGGGACUUUGUGAUGGAUUACCCCAGGCCGAUCAUGCCCAACAUGGUCUUCAUUGGGGGCAUCAACUGUGCCAACAGGAAGCCACUAUCUCAGGUCUGUAUUGGUGCCUUCAUGCAAUCAAUGUUCCAGGCAAAACACUUUUUAAAAAAUGUAUUUACUUACAAGUGCUUCUAUAUCUACUUAUCUUUCCAAAAAUUUUAUUUCCUCUUUCAUUGUCAUAAUAGUCUUCAGUGAGAUAAAUUGUUAACGGGUCUAGUGUAUUUCAGGUUUUCAAUGGCCACUGAGAGGAAGGAGAGGCAGGGACGAGGGUCUGUCAAAGGAUGGACAAGGACUGGUGCGGUUCACCGAGACUGUUCAUUUGUAAAGGCACCAUCUUCAUGGUUGUUGCAUGUCCUUCAGCUGGACAGGAGCAGGGAGACUGCAUUGGGAACUGCUCCAUCCUGGGGUUUUUGCUUGCGUGAUUUUCAGUGGAAAGAUGAUGCAACAGCAAAUUACAAUUGUUGAUGUGAUAACUUUUAGUGAUCCCUUCUUGCAAAAGUUAAAGAGGUGGCCACAGGAGACCUAAACACUCACAGAAUGUAGAAGCUUCAAAGAGGUUGACUCAGUGCAGUGGAAGUGGGGCAGUGAAGGUGGGAUGGAUGUCUGUGACUAGAGAAUGACACACGGAGUCUGGUUUCCAGAGAGGGAUCUGUGCUGACAAAAGUUUUUCUGACCAGGAAUUGGGGGUCUGGUGUAUGAUUUGGGGACAUAGCAGAGUUGGGAAGGCACAGUGAUGGUUGCAUGCCAAAUGGGUCUUCUACUUGGAAUGCUGAAAUUAUCAAGAGAGAGUAGAAGGAGCUAGAGAGGAGAGAAGACUGAAUCUACAAGCCCAGUGAAGCUGGGGACAGUGAUGAAUGGACAUGUGUUCAAGAAGGGAACGGUUUCUCUGGAGGGGCUGACCACAUCACCAAACUCACCCUAUCCCACUCAAAGUUUCUAUAGUGGGACCUAUUCUUUUUCCAAAAGUUUCAGAGGUGGCUUUCAUUAAUACAGAAUAUUUGGGUUUUGAUGAAAUAGUACUCUGGGAUCUGAGAAACCAAAUUCACACAUCACUGAGGGAGCCAUCUUUUUUUUUUUUUUUUUUUUUUUUUCUUGAGAUGGAUU